AUGCCUCUCGCCUAUCCUGUUGAUAUGUUCGCCACUCUAUUAAUAAUAAAUCGUAUAGUUUAUUGUGGUUAUUUUUUGUUUCUUAUUUUGGCCGGCACUUGCGGUAAUCUCUUAACAGCUAUAACACUACUUCAAGCCAAACUACGUAAAUAUACGACAUGUCAAUUCAUGGCUGUAUGUGCAUUAUUAAAUAUUGGAGUUUUAUUAACAAAUACUUUAAAUAUGAUGUUAUCACAAGGCCAUGGUAUUCAUUUGCGUAGUUUAUUUGAUUUGGGCUGGUGUCGAAUAAAUGCAUUUGUUGCUCAAUGGAUCCGUGGCAUGGCAUCAUGGAUUCUUGUUAUUGUUGCAUUUGAUCGUUUUCAACAGUCAAAAGUUGUUCGACAUACAUCUACAAGAAAAAGUUCUGUCGUUCCUUAUACAUUAUUUAUCAGUAGUUUUAUAUUGUUAAUAUUAAAUUUGCAUUAUCUUCUAUUUACGGGAACCAAACUAUCAUUAAAUGGCAUUACGCCUUUUAUCGCAUGUAUAUUUUACCAGCAAAGCAACAAUCAUAUACAACGAUUCUUUGCAACAACAAGUACCUGGCAGGAACUUGUGACGAUUAUUAUUGUUCCAUGCAUAUUAACGUUAAUACUAAACAUAUUCAUAAUAAAAAACUCGUUUCUUAAACCAGUAAGUAAUGAACAUCUUAAAUCCCGUUCAAAGAGUCGUACACGACGUGUUACAACUAUGCUGCUCGCAUCGAAUAUUGGCUUUUUAGCGUUAGUUGCACCAGCUCAACUUUUUUAUGCUCUAACAUUUAAUCCACAGAUUGGUAUGCAAUCACCAGACGAAUAUAAAUCGUUUAUGAUACAAGGAACUAUUUAUCAAUGUUUAAUUAAUACAUAUUAUGCGGCAUCAUUUGUUUUUUGUUUUGCAUCAUCGUCUGUAUUUCGUCGUGAAAUAAAAAAACUUUUCCAAAAACAAUUCAAAUCGAAACCUGAAAUGAAUCAGAAAUUAAACGAUAGACAUUGUGCAGCAAAUGAAACCUGUUCAUUUAUUUCUCCGGCGCGCACUAGUGAACCUAAAUCUUUAAGUAACGAUCGAUGUCAGGAAUAUGCACUUGAAAAACAACGUCUCAAACGAGGAACAAUUUCGACAACAGAAGAUGAUGGAUCUCUUGAACAAUAA